CGCCAUUUUUGCUGCGGAUUUUUUGCCGGCGUUGUGCUGCUGAUCUGUUGAGAUGUCUGUCGAGCUGUCUGAGAUGUGCAAAGGCGUCCAGCCAUGUGUCGUUGAACCUUGCAGCUACUUGGUCGCCUUUUCGGGUGUCCUGACGCUGCGUUUUCGCGGCUUUCCACCGCAACUCGUUGGAUUGAAGGAGCGAAUGCUUGUGGACUACCAGGGCCUGGUGAAGGAAGGCCCCGGCAGUUUGUGGCCAAAGAGUACUUUGGGAGCGCUGGUCGAUGGUAAGCGCUUAGAUCGGGAAGCCUUGAAGGUGCUACAAGAGCUUUGUGCCAAAGGUGAGGAACGGCUCAAGUCGAUGGCUUUACAGCUUCCAGUGGAUGUCCUGAGUUUGGUGUUCUACGAGAACAGGGCCUUGGAGCGCCGCUUCCAGACCACUUCCUUACCCUUGGUGCCACAGGGCGCGGGGGCGCGUGAUGUGUCUGCACCAGCGGAGGAGCAACUGAAAAGGUCGGAUGACACGCAGCUGGAGACCUUAGAGGAGAGCUAUUGGGAGAAGGCUUCCAAGGAUGGCAAUCGCGAGCCUCACUACAGGAGCCCCCACCCCGGAACCACCUUGGUCUGGGACUAUGGGAAGUUGGAAAUCGACGCGGUGCAGAAACUGCUGAAGGAGUUGCAGGUCUUUCGACAAGAAGUGAUGAAAGCACUUCCUGGCUACUAUGUCUUCUUCGAUGAAGGUGCCCUGCACGUCACCAUCCGGGGGAUGCAAUAAGUCUACACUCCCGAGACGCUGCGUGGUGCAAAAUGGAUGGCCUUUGCUCAGUGCGAAAGUUGGAC